AUGACGCCGCGUGGAAACAGCGGAUGCGACGUGGCGGCGGACGCUAGAUUGAGAGCAGUAGCCACGAGGACCACUCUCCCUCCUUCUUUCCCAGUCUUCCACACUCGUCAUGCUGAGCAAAGUGCAGAGCGACCACGAUUGGUUACUGUGGUCCGACCGUGCGGUCACAGCUCCCACAGAAAGGUGACGGUGCUGUUAAACGGUAGGGGCGUGGUCUCGUACGAACAGCUUCUAUUGGACGUCUCCGAGGCGCUGGGCUUCCCUCGCUGGCACAGGGCCAGAGUCACACGCCUUUACUCGCCACAUGCACGAGAGGUGCGUGGUGUGUGUGAUUUCUUCCGCGGCGAAGCGGCGUUCCUGGCGUUGGGAAAGUCUCGCCCGAGCAUCAAGGAGGCCUUGGAGGAGCUGUUUCCGAAACAUUCCCGUUACUGCGACGAUGCACUCCGGGCCUGGGAGAGGAGGUUACGCCCUUCACCUGAUGAAGCUGCCAAGACAGUGGAUACAGGGAGGGGACGGACACACACUCACACCUCGACACACACCGAUACACUUACACAAGGACGCAACCUGGACAGACACACACAUUGCAAAGCAGACACACUCGGGCUUCAACACCCAAACACACUGACACACCCCAAUACACACCCAAACCUCCCGUCUGACAGUAGUGAUGUCACUCUGUCGGAUAUUGAGCGUUGCUAUGACAUCGGCCGCACGGUCGGCCACGGAAACUUUGCUGUGUGUCGUCGGCGCAACAACGGAGAAGCCUUCGCCAUAAAGAUUGUGGAGCGCUCAAAGCUGAUUGGUCGAGAGCACAUGAUGCAGAACGAGCUGAGCAUUCUGGGUAGCUUGUCACAUCCCCGCGUGGUGCGUCUCUUCACACACCACCACACACAGACACAUUUCUAUCUCGUCAUGGAGAUGAUUACCGGGGGCGACCUUUUAGAGGCGAUUGCAGAGAGUGGGAAGUUUCCGGAAGAGGAGGUGGGGCAGAUGGUGUGUGAUGUCAGUGAAGCUCUGAGAUACAUUCACAGCAAGACCAUAGUACACAGAGACCUGAAACCUGAAAACCUACUGGUGAGGCAUAAUGAUAGGGUCAGUAGGUUGAAGCUGGGUGAUUUUGGUCUAGCCAUGGUUGUAACAGAACCCAUCUUCACUGUUUGUGGAACACCCACCUAUGUUGCCACGGAGAUCCUCUCAGAGACAGGGUAUGGUCUGCCCGUAGACCUGUGGGCGUUGGGGGUGAUAGUCCACAUCCUGCUCUGUGGGUUCCCUCCGUUCCGGAGAAGGGACAGAGACCAAAAGGAGCCGUUCCAGAUGAUCAGAGAGGGACACCUCACCUUCCUGGCCCCUUACUGGGAUCACAUAUCUGAUGCAGCACAAGGCCUGGUGAAAGCCUUGCUACAGGUGAAUCCAACAGAGAGACUGACAGCAGUGCAGACUCUGAAGCAUCCCUGGAUUCAGACCACUACAGACCAGAACAGACCAGUACCGACCAGCACAGAGUCCAUCCCCUACAGACCAGUACCGACCAGCACAAACCAGUAA